AUGUCUUCAACUAGAUCCAAUGCCCGUUUGAUCAGAUUUGCAAUUUUUGCUUUGGUCUUGAUUGGAUGUGGGUAUAUACUUACCAAGGGAACAUCCUUUCAACCCCAACAGCCCCAACAGCCCCAACAGCAACAUUCUAAGCAGUCGUCUUCUUUGCAGCAGAAGGGUACUUCUAGCGAUGCAUCAUCAUCUCAACAGAAUAUUGAACUUCCAUAUACCCCCAAAAACUUGGGUCCAGUAGCUAAGGCUCACAUUGGCAGUGGUGGAACACCACAAUACAUUGAUCAAAAAAACAUUGAUCCUGCCACUUACUCACCCGAGAAGGAUAAAAUCAAAGCUACAUUUGUUUCAUUGGCUCGUAAUAGAGAUUUAUGGUCAUUAAUGGAUUCGAUUAGACAAGUUGAGGAUAGGUUUAAUAAAAAGUACCAUUACGACUGGGUUUUUCUUAAUGAAGUUGACUUUAGUGAUGAGUUUAAACAAACCGUAUCUCAGGCUGUUAGUGGUGAAGCUAAGUUUGGGUUGAUUCCCAAGGAUCACUGGUCUUAUCCGCCUUGGAUCGACCAAGAGAAAGCCGCUUUAGUCCGUGAACAAAUGAGAGAAAAAAAGAUUAUUUAUGGCCAUUCUGAAUCCUAUAGACACAUGUGUCGAUUUGAAUCGGGGUUUUUUUGGAGACAAGAUAUUUUAAAAGAUUAUGAAUAUUAUUGGAGAGUUGAACCUGAUAUUAAAAUCUUUUGUGAUAUUGAUUAUGAUAUUUUUAAAUGGAUGAAGGAUAAUGACAAGAGUUAUAGUUUUACUGUGUCAUUACCUGAAUAUAAAGAAACUAUCCCAACCUUGUGGGAUACUACAAAGGAAUUUAUUGAGAAAAAUCCCCAAUAUUUGGCAGAAAAUAAUAUGAUGGAUUGGUUAAGUGACGAUAAGGGUAAAACAUACAACGGAUGUCAUUUCUGGUCAAAUUUCGAAAUUGCUCGUUUAGAUUUCUGGAGAAGUGAUGCAUACAGAGCUUAUUUUGAACAUUUGGAUAAAGCAGGUGGGUUCUUUUAUGAGCGUUGGGGAGAUGCACCAGUACAUUCAAUUGCAGCAGCAUUGUUUUUACCUAGAGAUAAAGUUCAUUUUUUUGAAGAUGUGGGAUAUUUCCAUGUUCCGUUCAAUAAUUGUCCUGUCGAUCCAAGAAUUAGAUCUGAACGUAAUUGUGUCUGUGAUCCAAAUAAGGACUUUACUUGGAGAGGGUAUUCUUGUGUUACUAAAUAUUAUACUGUUAAUAAUUUCAAAAGACAAAAGAAUUGGGAACAAUUUACUGCUUAG